CUUUUUUACUGCUGCUACUGCUACUGCCGUUGUCCGUGAGUGGAUAAAUAGAGCUGGGGGCUUGCAAAAAUAUACAUCAAAUGGUGUGAUAUAUGCGCGAGAGGACGGGGCUUGUGUGGUCAAGUGGACAAGCACAGACGACGGCGACAAUUUCUUUUGCUAACCAACCCCCAGCAGCGCAAUCAGCAUCCCAGGGAGAAGGAGGGUGGUUUUGUUGCCGCAUUUCUGCCGCGUUGCCUAUUGACGCGUCCGAGUUGCUAAUUUGCAUGCUGCCGCCGCCUGUGCUACCCCUCCGUGCUACCAGCGGACGCGAAACGGAAGCUUGAUCACCCAAAGCACGCACCAGCCGAAUUUGGAUGUGUCGCGCCAAGUCCACACCAUAGCACAGGACGCGGUGGCGCAAAGCAGCAGGCUGUGAAAAAUCGAUUAAUAUUUAAUCAUGGCAAAGAGGCGUGCGAGUGCGUGCAUGUGUGUUUGUGUGUAGGUACGUCACCAAUUCUGACAGCAAACUACCGGCAGGACGAGGAGACCUAGAGGACCCGUUAACGUCAUCGCCCGGUUGAAACACAAUAGAGAGCACUCCGAGAGUGUGAAGCCGAUGCAAAAGAAAAUGCAUCUCGAAUAGAGUUUGUGUGUGUGUGUGUGGUUUUGUGAUGAAUUGCAGUUCUUGCACGGGCUGUGAGGUGUACGUAGUGCAAAGAAACAGGAACAUCAUCGCGCCAAUCGUCGACUCAGUGAAUUGAUUUUAUUUCAAGUGCAAUUAAGCUUGAACAACGAGCGCGCUCCUCAACCGGAAACCGACUGCGACUCUCAGUGUCUCUCGCUCGCGCGCUCUCUCUGUGUACUCCAAACCCCUCACCGAUUUUGGUGGGACCGCAGACAGGCGGAACUGAUACCCCAAGAGUGCUGUGAAAGUGAAGAUUCUUGGUGUGUUGUGUGCUACUGUGUCUUGCGAACUUGUGCCGCUUCAACGGCGCGCCUACUGCCUGUGGCACAACGAAACGAAAGGAAAAGUGGGCAGCACGAUUAGACGAAGAACCAGUCCUAGCUAGGGCCACCACUAGGGCCGGCUUCUAACCCGACCCUGUUGCGAAGAAAGAACAAUCAACAAGAAGGCAGACAGACAACAGCAACAUCAUGGCGACGCUCGUGGAAGGAAUCAUGAUAGCGGCGAUGAACGUCUUCCUCAACAGCCUGUCGCUGCAGGUGGUGGUGGCCCUGAUCGUCGGCAGCCUGCUCUCGAGUACGUUCAAGUACCAUGCGAAAAUGUUUAUCAUCGUGCUGAUGUCGUUCCUGGUGCUGGUCGUCUCAAUUCCGCUGUUCCUGUUCAAGCCCCGCUGGCCACUGAAUGCGCUAAUUCCAGGCAUUGUGGCCUGUGCAUUUAUUCGCCUGUUCGGCGUGGAGUACGAAAUCCGUGGCCAGGAGCACAUUAACGUGCGGAACGGGGGCGUCGUGCUGCUCAACCACCAGAGUGCAAUCGAUAUCGUGAUGUUAUCGCGAUUGCUGCGCGAGUUCCGCAACAUCGUGCCGGUGGUGAAGAAGGAGCUGUUCUACAUGCUCCCGUUCGGUAUUGCCUCCUACCUGGUCGGGGUAGUGUUUAUCGAUCGCAAAAAUACCGCCUCCGCGAAGGACGUCAUGAAACGGGAAGCGGUCGCCAUUACCAAAGACCAUCUUAAACUGGCCAUCUUCCCCGAGGGUACGCGGCACGACAACGACACGCUGCUGCCGUUCAAGAAGGGCUCCUUCCACGUGGCGGUCGAUUCGCAAUCGAUCAUACAGCCGGUGAUUGUGUCCAAGUACCACUUUCUCGACCACAAGCGGAAGCGGUUCGGGCGGGGCCGGGUAAUCAUCAAGAUUAUGCCGGAAAUCCCGACCAAGGGCAUGACCAAGGCGGACGUGACCGAGCUGACCGAGCGCUGCCAGCAGCUGAUGCAGACCGAGUUCGAUGCGCUCAGUGCGGAGGCGAAACAGUACUGCCAUAACUGAGGAGCCUGGGCUGCAGUCGAGCAGAAGUGGGAUAUAUGGGGCAAUGCGAAAAGCAAUAAUAGUCGUACUUGUUGUUGUUGUUGUUGCGGGGACCAGUGCUGCCGGUGCAGCUAGUAGUAGCGAGUAGCACACAGGAAAAAAACACUCACCAAAAACAAAAAAUCAUUUGCCCGAGUGAGUGGAAACAGCACGGGCACGGGAAAGCCGGCUUGGUGGAAGAAGAGAGAGAGGAAGCAUUUUCGUGCGGUACUAAGCGAAGAGACAAUCUGUGAUCAAAUCCUGGUACUAUACUGGUCAUCAUAUUCGUGCUUCGCGGCGAUAUUAUCAAUGGGAAGGAUAAAACAAAACAAAAGAGAGAGAGGGAGAAAGCGGAAGUGGAUGCUUCGGGAUGGAACACCAAAAAAAAAACAAAAACAAAAAAAAAACAAAACUUAUCAUCAUCACACUCGGAAGUGUGUCCGAAAAUGGUUCCCGGCAGUUACUAUCAGACUCGUACCUGGUACCUGAGUACUUUCCUGAGUACGAUAAACAAUUUUUCAGUCGACACCAUCUGAAAGAUGUAGCGCAAGUGGAAAGGAAUAUUGAAGCGUCGUCAAAACAAGAUGCGCACGACAGGAAGGUAGACGCACUAAAAGACAGUACUAACAUACUAUACAUAUACAUACGGCAACAUCUGUAGCGCAUUGUGGGUAGUAGUGCUCUUAGCUAGUGGGUAGUGUAAAAACGACACUCAUUCGGUUGUUGUGUUUAUGUGCUAAAAAAACAAACGAGAUAAACAAUCAGAGGCAGGCAACAAACUGGGAAUAUUGUAACACGCGUCUAGCGCGCAUUUAAACGAACGAGUAGAGAUGUGGAGAAAGAGAGUGCAACACAGGAAAGCUGUAAAAUUCGAAUCACUGCUAGCCCGCGUUAGGUCGCGUCGUAGUAGAAGUCGCAAAACACAAAAGGAUUUGCCUGUGUGACUGCGUGUGUGUGUGUGAGUGUUUCUGAAACACGUGAUAUCCUCCUAAGAAAUCACGCCAAUUAUUUACGUUGUAGUGCAACACAAGCAACAAACAAACAAAAACAAAACAAGAGUAGAAGACAAACAACAACAGCAACCAAAUUAACAAAGUAAACGGUGAACGGGCAGCAGGAGGAACGUUCAACUUGUCUAGGACAAAGCGUUGUUUAGGUUGGAAAUAAAACCAGUAAUGGCUAAUUUUAGGAAACUACA